AUGCAUUUCGCCAUCUCCCUCGUUAUCUCCGUCCUCGCCAUCACCGCACAAGCGGCCGUUUCCAAUCGCGAUUCCACUGCCAUGACCCUGCACAAGCAAUUCGUCGAUCGGCAACACCAGGUCUUCUCGCUCGACAAACGAGACUGUGUGAAGACCGGGUGCAAGUGCGAUACCCGCGGCUAUCAGCGAAGAGUCUGCGGGGCCUGCAAGCACCCGGACACCAAGAAGUACAUCGUCACGAGGAAGAGGGUCAGAAACCACAUAUACGAGUGUUCGGCUGAUGGCGAGUCUUGCUGUGACUAUGGGAUUGCUGAUGAUUGUGGCAGAAAGGGGCAGAGAUGCCUCUUUGUCUAG